GGCGGGCUCUGCCCGCGGGCAGUGGCCGGUCCCGCCGGGGAAGUUUCCCGGAACGGGCAGGCGGAUGCCCGAGGCUGGAGCCGCCCCAAAGCCCGAACGAGGAGCCCGGGACAGCUGCGGGGCCGCCCCUCCCCCAGAGGGGGUGACCAGCCCGCGUCCCGGGGGCUGUUUCCCUGCUGUGAAUGUCCUGGCGAGCCAAGAAGAGGCAGGGGGAGCUAUGCAGAAAUGCCAGCGCUGCCCUGGCUCCUCGUCGUCAUUCUCUGCCAGUGCGGCGGCCUGGCAUGUCCUGAGGGCUGUCGCUGCCUGCUGGAGAGCAGGGUAGUGAGAUGCACCCACGGGCAGCUGAGGGAGAUCCCCCAGGGCAUCCCCCGCGACACCCGCGUGCUCCACCUGGACGCCAAUGAGAUCACCGGCCUCCCGGAUGGCACCUUGCGGGAGCUGCGCCAGCUGCGAGAACUCUACCUCUCGGACAACCUGAUCGAGAACAUCUCCCCAGCCACCUUCGGGGAGCUGGGCAGCCGUUUGCAGCUACUGGACCUCUCCAAUAACCGGCUCCAGCAGCUGGGCCCCGCCGAGGCCACCUCCACCCUGCGGGCCAAGAUGCGCCUCUACGGCAACCCGUGGCACUGCGGCUGCUCCCUGCAGGAGCUGCUGGAGGCCCUGCCCCUGGAGGCCGAGACGCUGGAGGACGUGGUGUGCUCCAGCGCGGCCCGGGAGGAGUACGUUGGUCAGCCCUUCGCCCGCCUGCUCAGCACCGGCAUCGACUUCUGCAGCGUCCAGCAGAGGACCACGGACGUGGCCAUGCUGGUCACCAUGUUCUGCUGGUUUACGGUGCUCAUCGCCUACGUGGUCUACUACGUUCAGCGGAACCAGGCCGAAACCCGCAGGCACCUGGAGUAUCUCAAGUCCCUGCCCAUCAAGCAGCCGAGUCCAGAGGAGGAGGAGGAGGAGGAGAUGGAGGGAGACACGCUCAGUACCAUCCUCUGACCCAGACUCUUUGCCGUGGGCAGGAGCUGUAUUUAAAAGGGGAAGGCUUUGACUUUGAACCACGACGGCUGAGAAAUCGGCAUGGCACCAAAUCCAUACAGAGUAUGCUGGAAGGCUUAGAGAGGAAGGUUGGCCUGGUGCCUGGGCCAGGAGAGACCUGGGUUCUAUUUCUUACUCUGCCACAGACUUCCUGUGAUAACUUUGGGCAAGUUACGGAGCAUCUGCGUGCCUCAGUUCCCCCAUCUGUACCUUAGGGCUUGUCUACAUGGGGAAGUUAUUCCAGAAUAAAGUAGGGCAUGAAUCUGAAGCACAACAGCUAUGCUGGACCAAGAGUGUCCACAUGGGGAGUUUUCUGAAAUAGCUUAUUCUGCAGUAGCUAUUCUGGUCAAUUUGCCCAUGUAGACAAGGCCUAUCAUAGACUAUCAGGGUUGGAAGGGACCUCAGGAAAUCAUCUAGUCCAACCCCCUGCUCAAAGCAGGACCAACCCCAACUAAAUCAUCCCAGCCAGGGCUCUGU